CACACACACACACACAGCUCCUUCGCCCCAACUUAAGUUGAUCAUUCACUCGAGUCCUUGAUAUUUCCUGCCAGCGUUUAAUGCAACACUUUUAAACACCACACAGCAGAUCGACGCUUUAAAACAUUUUUCUGGAGUUAAAAGGUUCGCCACACAGCUUCCUGAAGCCCAGGUCAGUGGAUCGUGUUGUGUGUGAGCGGCUCACAGCGGAAUGGGACGGAGACAUGGCACACUACAUGCAGUCACCGACAGCGUCCCAAAUCGACGUGAAUCUCGGAGCCUCGGCGAAUCCUCAUGCCAAACCGACUGACUUUGACUUUCUGGCUGUGAUCGGAAAGGGAACGUUUGGUAAAGUUCUUCUGGCUAAACUGAAAGCAGAUGGGAAAUUUUAUGCAGUGAAAGUUCUACAGAAAAAAGUCAUAUUAAAGAAAAAAGAGCAAAAGAACAUCAUGGCUGAGAGGAACGUUCUCCUGAAGAGCCUGCAGCAUCCCUUCCUCGUCGGCCUUCAUUACUCCUUUCAGACCUCGGAGAAGCUUUACUUCGUCCUCGACUACGUUAACGGAGGAGAGUUAUUCUUCCACCUCCAGAGAGAGCGAUGUUUCUCAGAAGCACGAGCUCGUUUCUACACGGCCGAGGUGGCGAGCGCCAUCGGUUACCUGCAUUCCCUCAACAUCAUUUACAGGGAUUUGAAGCCGGAGAACAUCCUGUUAGAUGCACAGGGCCACGUGGUGCUGACUGAUUUUGGUCUGUGUAAAGAAGGUCUGGAAGCAGAAGCCACCACAAGCACGUUUUGUGGAACACCGGAGUAUCUUGCUCCAGAGGUGCUGCGGAAGGAGCCUUACGACCGCACGGUGGACUGGUGGUGCCUCGGUGCCGUGCUGUACGAGAUGCUCUUUAGCCUCCCUCCAUUCUACCGCCGCGAUGUAGCAGAGAUGUACGACGCCAUCUUACACAAACCCCUGCAGAUACCUCCAGGGAAAUCAGACGCAGUGUGUCACCUGCUGCAUGGACUUCUGCAGAAAGACCAGCACCGCCGGUUAGGGGCCAUCGCCGACUUUCUGGAGAUUAAGAACCACAUUUUCUUCAGCCCUAUUAACUGGGAUGAUCUUUACCACAAGCGUCUCGAUCCACCGUACAACCCCAAUGUGAGAGGCCCGUCUGACCUCCAGAACAUCGACCCAGAGUUCACUAGAGAGAUGGUGCCCAACUCCGUGGGUCGUACUCCUGAGCUGAGCACCAGUCUGGCCACCAGCAGCUCCAACGCCUUCAGCGGCUUCUCCUACGUUUCCAGCGAGAACAGCUUCCUCUGAGGGAUCUCUUUAACCUCAUCAUCAGUUCUGCUGCUGCACCUGAACAGAACCAGAUGUACCGAACGUCCUGGAAGACUCCGGCCAAGUCUCUCGGCUGCUUUGGUCGAACCUCAGAGCACAAAAUUAAAGAACACCUGAAACAUUCCGGUCAUCAUAUUGUCAGGUCUUAUAACCUCCAGCAGAAGAGAAUGUACACACUGUAUAACUGCUUUCCCUUUAAGUGCUUUAGAUAUUUGUUUAGGUUUCAGCUCGAGUCUAGUCGAGCGAGCCGAACGCUAGAAAACUUUCCGUUUGUAUUCCUGCUUCGGCGAACGCUAAGUUCUUUAGAGGAUAAUUUAAUAAAUAUCAUUUAUAAAGAGGACGAUGUGUAGAAACUGUCCGCAUUUAAAUACUGUAAUCGGGGGAAAGAAACGAACCUGCUUUUAACUUCUGACUGCUUUUGUGUGGAUCGCUGAUGAGUUCAUGAUGAAGAACAUGGUACUAAUACAAGAUUAAAUCGUUCUGUCGGUUAA